AAUAUUACUUGCUGGCCCCAACUCUAAACCCGUCCCGGCCCGAGCUCCAUCUGUUGGUUCUUGCUCUCGUAUCUUCCCUUUUUCUCCCCAGCUUCACACGGUCCUACUGCUGCUCUUGUCCUCGAGCUCGGUGUGGGUUAUCACCGACUUGGCGCGCGUGCAGAUCAAUCCAGGGCGACUUCUCCCGGUCCAGUCAAUGAUAUCUGCCGGGACAACAACCUGCGCCGCGUGUUCACCACAAGGAUUCUGCUAUUGCGCAGUCGCCCGCCAGCGCAACAGCUCUUCUUAAGAGGCUACAACAUCCGAUCCGGACCACGAGGAAAAUCAGAAAACCACUCUAUUGCCCAUCAUGGCGUACGACUAUGCCGUCGUACAUCUCAAAUACACGAUAACAUUGGCCGCCGUGCUUACCCUCAUCCUCAAGCCGCUUCUGACGCGGCUUGAUCUGGGCAAGACGGCGGCACUCUGCACCAUUGCCUUUGUCGCAACCGUGCCUUGGGACUCGUACCUUAUAAAACAUGGAAUCUGGACAUAUCCGCCCGAUGCCAUCAUUGGCCCCAGGCUCUUCGCGAUCCCCAUCGAGGAACUCUUCUUCUUCAUUAUACAGACUUACAUCACCUCAAUGCUCUACACCCUGCUCAACAAACCGACUUUCCACCCUCAAUUCCUCACAAACGAGGCCAGCGCGACAACACGCAUGCGCCAGGCUCGCGCGGCCGGCCAGUUCUUUCUCGCCAUCUGCAUUGCCGUGGGCGCCUUCCUUGUGAUCAAGGGGGGCGAGGGCACGUACCUUGGACUCAUUCUCGUCUGGGCGUGUCCCUUCUUGCUCCUCACUUGGACCUUUUCUGGCUACUUCAUCUUCAACCUGCCAACCAUCUGCAUCACGACGCCAAUCAUUGUUCCGACACUCUACCUUUGGGUAGUCGAUGAGCUUGCCCUAGGCCGCGGUACCUGGGCCAUUGAGUCUGGCACCAAGCUUGGGUGGUGUCUCUGGGGCAGCCUCGAGAUCGAAGAGGCAACCUUCUUCCUCGUCACUAAUGUGCUCAUUGUGUUUGGCAUGGUCGCCUUUGACCGAGGCCUGGCUGUGCUUACCACCUUCCCCGAGCUUGUUCCUGGGUCGAAGCCCAACGAUAUCCGCCCACUCGACGUGGUGAGCGCCGUGGUAGUGGACCCGGCCAAGUACAACAUGGAGCGCAUUCGCGGCAUUCAGGAAGCUGUUUGCACUUUGCGUCGCAAAAGCCGCAGCUUCUAUCUCGCGAGCUCCGUCUUCAGUGGACGCCUCCGGACUGACUUGAUUCUGCUAUACUCCUUUUGCCGAGUCGCGGACGACCUGGUCGACGAUGCGCAGAGCCAAGCCGAGGCUCUCAACUGGAUCACCAAGUUGACCGGGUACCUCGACCUUGCCUAUAGCAAGAAGGCGGAGGCGGGAGCCAAUGGCGGCGAGCUGGAGUCAUACAUAGAACAAGAGUUUCCUCCGGCUUCGCGGUCUGCGCUCCAGCUUCUACCCACCCAGCUUCUUCCUAGCGGACCGCUUUACGAGCUGCUGGAGGGCUUCAAAAUGGAUCUUUGCUUUACCAACGAGGAUGGCAGGGCGCCUGAGUUUCCAAUCAACGACGAGAAACUGCUCGAGCUGUACGCGCACCGCGUCGCCAGCACAGUCGGUGAGCUCUGCCUCUGGUUGGUAUUUCACCACAGCGCCCACGUUGUCUCCGAGGAUACCAAGACCUCCCUGGUCCAGGCUGCGCAAACCAUGGGGCAUGCCCUGCAGUAUGUCAACAUUGCACGUGACAUCAAGGUCGAUGCUCAGAUUGGGCGUGUGUACCUCCCCAACAACUGGCUGAAGGAGAACGAUGUUACUCCGGCCGAUAUUAUCAAGAAUCCUGAUCAGCCGUUGGCGGAACAGCUGCGGCAGAGGCUGUUGAACCUGGCUUUUGAGGAGUACGCGGCGUCACGCACAGAUAUGAACAUGCUACCCGACGAUGUUCGAGGACCCUUAAUUGUGGCUGUCGAGAGCUACAUGGAGAUUGGGCGCGUGCUGAGGGAGAAGAGCGGCGUCAUGUCGAAGUCGAAGCCUGGGCGGGCCACUGUGCCGCGCUCGAGACGCAUAUGGGUUGCUUGGAAGGGGCUCUUCAACGCCUGAGAGUCUAUCAGGAGCUGACUCGAGGGGGAAGGGCUGUGUUUUGCUGUUGUGGCUGGGAAGAGGUGUGACUGAGUUCCUGGCUGGGUCCGACGAUCUCAUUCCACAAACCUUUCUGGUGCCACGCGGAUUUUAAUUGGGCCAUUGGACCAUUGCAUGCGGCUUUCCCACUCACCCUUGGGUACCAAUCUAGACGCUGCCACUGGGAGGCGUCACACUUGCUUUGAACCCUAUUCUUGCACAUAGACCUCUGGCACACCGACCACGGUUGGUAGCUUAAUGAAGAACGAAUUGGAAUAGUGA